AUGGCAGAGAACGUGAUGGAGAUGGAAGUAGUGGAAACAACAGAUGUGGAAAGGAACCUGAAAGAGCGAAAGGUGUCAUGGGCAAAGCUGCGCCGUUUAGACUCUCUCAAUUUGGAGGCUGGAAGGGUUUCCACUUCCCAAGGCCAUAUAUCCAAGGUAAAUUGGAAGACAGCCUUGGCAUUAGCAUUUCAGAGCCUAGGGGUAGUAUAUGGGGACAUCGGAACGUCUCCACUCUAUGUAUAUUCCAGCACUUUCACUCAUGAGAUUGGCAACAAAGAUGACGUUCUUGGGGUGCUGUCUCUUAUCAUUUACACCAUAGCACUCCUACCCAUGCUGAAGUAUGUUUUCAUUGUUCUUCGGGCCAACGACAAUGGCGACGGUGGUACGUUUGCGCUGUAUUCCUUGAUGUGCAGGUAUGCAAGGGUAAGCUUGAUUCCAAAUCAUCAGCCGGAGGAUAGGGAGCUGUCCAAUUACAGCCUUGAAACGCCUUCCAGCCAGUUGAAACGGGCUCAAAAAAUUAAAGGGAUGCUCGAGAAUAGUAAAACUGCCCAGCUUGUGCUCUUCAUCGUCACCAUCAUGGGAACUUCCAUGGUAAUCGGAGACGGGGUGCUUACUCCUUCCAUUUCUGUCCUUUCUGCGGUUAGCGGGAUCAAGUCUCUUGGCCAAGAUGCUGUGGUGGGAGUUUCGGUAGCAAUCUUGAUAGUCGUCUUCUCUAUUCAGCGAUUUGGCACUGAUAAAGUGGGCUCCUCAUUUGCACCCAUCAUCUUAUUGUGGUUUGCCCUGAUCGGUGGCAUUGGUGUUUACAACCUGUUCAGAUUUAACAUUGGUGUAUUACGUGCUUUCAAUCCAAUGUAUAUUAUAGGAUACUUUAAACGAAAUGGUAAGGAAGGAUGGAUUUCUCUUGGUGGAAUUAUUCUGUGCAUUACAGGUACUGAGGCCAUGUUUGCCGAUCUGGGCCACUUCAGCGUCCGUGCAAUUCAAAUGAGUUUCACUUGCAUUACAUUUCCUGCAAUAUUGGCUUCGUACAUUGGGCAAGCAGCAUACCUCACCAAAUUCCCCAACAAUGUGUCAGAUACUUUCUACGACUCUGUACCAGACCCAAUAUACUGGCCAACCUUCGUUAUAGCUGUAGCCGCAACCAUUAUAGCGAGCCAAGCUAUGAUAUCUGGGGCAUUUUCGAUUAUCUCUCAGUCGCUGAGUCUAGGUUGUUUCCCAAGGGUUAAGGUUGUUCAUACCUCUGCUAAGUACGAGGGUCAGGUUUACAUUCCUGAGAUCAACUACAUGCUUAUGAUAGCUUGUGUUCUUGUCACCGUGACCUUCAAGAGCACACAGAAUAUCGGCCACGCUUAUGGAAUUGCGGUGGUAAGCGUAAUGGUGAUCACAACAUGUAUGGUUGCUCUAGUAAUGCUAGUUAUAUGGAAGACAAGCAUAUGGUGGAUUGCUCUCUUCUUUGUGGUGUUUGCUUCCAUUGAAAUUGUGUAUCUAUCAUCUGUCCUAUACAAAUUCACACAAGGUGGCUUCCUCCCAUUGGUCUUCGCUUUGUUUCUGAUGACAAUCAUGGGGAUUUGGCAUUAUGUACACAGGAAAAGAUACAUGUUUGAGCUCAGCAACAAGGUUUCUAGUGAUUACAUACAAGGAUUGGCCAAUAACCCAAACAUAAACAGAGUGCCAGGAGUUGGGCUUCUCUACUCUGAGCUUGUACAGGGAAUUCCUCCAAUAUUUCCUCAUUUUAUCUCAAACAUACCAUCCAUCCAUUCUGUGCUGGUAUUCGUCUCUUUUAAGCCCAUCAUGAUCAGCAAAGUUGCACCAGAAGAGUGGUUUCUGUUCCGACAUGUUGAGCCCAGAGACUAUAGGAUGUUCCGCUGUAUUGUCAGAUAUGGUUAUAACGAUGUUAUAAAGGAAGCCAAGGAGUUCGAGAACCAGCUACUGGAACAGUUGAAGGAAUUCAUCCGCCAUGAACACUUCAUUCUUGAAGCAGACAAUACUGCAGAACAAGCAGUUGAGCCAGUAAACAUCCAGCAUCCCAGUAUAUUAGUGAGAGGAAGAAAAUCAAGCACAUCAACAAUUCACAUUGAGGAAUCACUAUCCCAACAACGUAGCUCAUCACGGGUUCCAUCAGGUUCCAUCCGCUCAUUCAAUGCGGCUAGCUCAACAAAUUCCUCGAACCAAAUUGUCUCUUGUCCGAUCCAGGGGAUUGAAGAGGAGCUGCAGUUUGUGCAGAAUGCCAAGGAAAAUGGUGUGGUUUAUCUCCUGGGAGAAGCAGAAGUGGUGGCAGAGCAGAAAUCAUCCUUGUUUAAGAAGAUUCUUGUCAACUUUGUGUAUAACUUCUUGAGGAAAAACUUUAGACAAGGGGAGACAGUAAUGGCAAUUCCACAUGCGAGGCUUGUCAGGGUUGGAAUGACAUAUGAGGUAUAA